AUGUCGGCUUGGGCUAGAGAAGAAACGACGUUGGAUGUUGACGCGAUAAUCGAUGAUGAGACGAUGUCUGAGGAGCAGAGAGAAGAGAAAUUGGAGCACUUGCUCAUAGAGUUUUCGCAGAAUGGACAGUCAGAGAAAGUACACGAACUUCUGGGUAACGACAGAGCAAGGCAGAUGCUGGAUAUUGAGGCUAAAGAUACUGCUGGCAGUACCGCGCUUAUUUACGCAAGUUGCUACGGAAAUGAGAGUGUUGUCACUGAGCUUUUACGCUACGGCGCCAAUCCUGAUUCGCAGGAUCGAAACGAAUGGACCUCCCUCAUGUGGGCCGUUAACAACCACCAUCUGAGCAUUGUCCAGCAUUUGCUGGAAAAUGGCGCGGAUGUUAAUAUAAAAACGUCCACCGGUCGUAGUGCUGUGGACAUCUGCUCGCCGGGGGAUUUGAUCCACUCUUAUCUGCUCUCCAAUGGCCAUAUCACAGAGGCGGAGCCAGACGAUUUCUACAAACAAGCAGAAAAUCCUGCCGAAUAUGAGGAGGAAUUCGAGCGCAAAGUCGAAGAGUCUACUUUGGCCCUAGGGCUAAAUGUGGCAAAUCUGUCUCUUGACAAAAACGACGCUCCGUUCGGUGGCCAUUCAUGGGCCCCCGAGAUCGAAGUGGACUUUGACUGGGACCAUUAUUUACCGGAGCAGUCCUUUGUCGUCGAUGCUGAGCAUAUUUCAAAAUUCCUGGACCUAGUUAUCACUCGCGUCCACCCGACCUUGCAAAAGAAGCAGGCGCCAGUUUCUGCAAACGCCCUGUUUUUGGCUAUACGCUUUUAUGUCUACAACGGUCCUUCUGAUGCAUUGACGAGUUUGCUGUAUCCUAUUUCGCGCCGUAUUAUGACGGUUGUAGAGCAAAAUGCUACCGACUUGACGUAUUUAUGCUACUGGCUAGCGAAUACAUCCAUUCUGGCUUAUUACAUGCAAAGAGACAGCAAGGUCAAUGAGGAAACGGCCGGAGAUUUCCAAAUAACACUGAAAGAAGUUGAGCGCACACUCUUGCACAAAGUAGCACUGUGUGUUGAAGAGCUGUUGGCUGCUCAGCUGCCCCCCUGUUUAUUAGACUACGCCAACAUCCCUGGAAUCAACGAGGUCCAAUUCCGGAACGAUUGGAAGAUUUUCCAUCGCAAAAAUAAACCAAGUGUGGACGCCGAAACUGAAGCUGAGCGUGGUAUGUUGCCGCCCUCAAUGGAAGCACGCAUGCGACCCGCCCCUACAAGAGUGACCUCAAUCUUAUCUUCGCUUUUGUUGAUUCUUGACGUCUACAACGUGCACCCAGUAAUUACCCAGCAAGUGUUUUCUCAGGUCCUGUACUGGAUGGGUGCGGAGCUGUUGAACUCCGUUCUGGGCGACAAAAAGUACCUUUCUCGAACAAGAGCCAUGCAAAUCCGCCUGAAUGUGUCUAAUAUUGAGGAUUGGUGCCGAUCAAAUAAUCGAAGACCCGAUGAUGCCGACGAGUUCUCGAAAGCAGUCAAGUACAAGUCUAUGACCGACCUGUGCCGCGACCAUCUGGGGCCCCUCACAGAUAUUCUGCAGUGGCUGCAAACAUUUAGCGGCUUUGGUUCUGACUUUACGACCGUCGUUGCAACCAUGCAAGAACUGACCCAUGUGAACCCCAAGCAGCUCCUUUACGCGGCCAAGAAGUAUCGGGUAGAGGUCAACGAGCCCCAGCUGUCCAAAGACUACAAGCACUAUCUUGCUGAUCUGGCAAACCAUUACGAAACCCAGCAGCAAUCAGAGCAGAUUGAUCUGCUGGGCAAAGAUGAGGAGAAUUUCAUUUUGAAGACUACGAAAGCGACCAAAGCUCGGGACGUGCUUCUCGACGUGAACCACUGGUUCGCCCUAUUCCCUCCCAACAUGAAGGAAAUGAUCUCGUUUUGGGGCGGCGGCCUCGGUGGCGUCGACACCAGCAGCCCGCAUUACCUGGUGCCUACCGUUCCCGUCGAGAUUGCGGACUCUCUGGACGCUGGUCAACAAAACAAAGAAAUCUAUGAUACCUUAAAACAGCCUGCUGCAACUCGCCACCGCCAAUGGAAUGAAGACGAGGAGUGGGAAGAGCAGACUUGGAGUUAG